AUGAAGUAUGAGCCGGCUACCAGCUCACCUUCAAGCACUCCCAUCAACACUAAGCUGAUGACUAUGUCUCGGCCCGACACACUAUCUGCCAGCACUAAGAACCAACUGCGUGGGAAAGCUGGCCCCGUAUCACAUUCACCAACUCUGCGACAUCGUGCCCGAUCAGUAUCGAGCGGUCUUCCCCCACGUGGUCUCGUCGCAUCGCGGGUCAAUACCAUCAACAUGGUUAGCCCAUUGACUGGUGUAGUCGUCCCCGCACUCAGUGAUCGCGACACACUGCCAUCUCAGGCAAAACCCUCUCCACCGACGCCAACGCCUCAAUAUCGCCCCGGUGCACGCUCGGCUCAUAGCUCCCCGCUGAAGCGCAAAUGCAAGAUCGACGACUUCGCUCUUCCGCCACCCCCGCCGACCGUAUCCGCAAACGAAGCUGCUCAGGACGCUGUACUAGCUGCAUCGGACCUCGUCGCAUCUAGUAACAAAGGCAUUGUCCAGAGCGAGGCCUCGAACAACGACCGCUUUAAAGCCCUAGACGACUCAACAGCGGGUAGUACACCAUUCCACCGUGGCCACCGACGAAACAAGACAAGCUCAUCACAGGUGGUCUCACGCAGUAACCCGCUAAAGGGAGCUACAUACGGUACGGAAUCGAUUCGCGCGACAGCAGGACAGUAUAGCCAUUGGCUGACAGAUCCACACCAUACUUUCUCUCCAGACGACUAUUCAGGUGUGGAUUUGUUCAGCUGCGAUACUUCUCCUGAGGUGCGUGCUACCAAACGACAGUCGCUACCAGGCUACAGCAGUAUAACCUCCACCAUGGAGUCAGGCAGGUCGGAAGAGUUCCAUGAUUACACCCUAUCACCGAGGACGACAGCGGACGAAACCAAAGAAGAUGAGCGCACACCGUCCAAUCGAUCCUACACCCCUAGCUACGCCGAAUCUUCUCCGGGAGCUGGAGCGACAUCUUCGGCGGCUGAGCCACAUUUGCCGCUUCGUAGGGUCGAGAAGUUCAACGAUACCGAGAGCUUCAACUUGAAUGAGAGCCCCUUCUCACAAUACGAAUAUGCGCUCUCGCUCUCGGACAUGGAUACCGACGAUGUUCGCGAACUCUACCCAUUGGAAGCCUUUACCCAAACAAGCGCUCAAGAUGGCUGCGCCAUCCAUGACUGGGCGUCCCCAUGGCCAUCGGGGCAGCCUGUGAAGAAACUCCUCCGCUUUGCUUCCCGACCAGACUUUGCGCCCUCCAUGCAUUAUGAUUCAGAAUCAGAUGACUACCCUUCUCUGCAGAACCUCCUUGAUUUGAACGAGCAUGGUCCUGAGCCACGAAUGAGUCCGCUCCGUGCUGUCAACGCUCACCCUCAGGCACAAGAUGAUGGGCUGACGACCCUCGCACCAGUUUCCUACUAUCCGGAUGUUGGAUCAGAGAUGACUAUCCUUCUCCCGCGAACGUACAAUGCGACUUCCGACGACGAUGAAAUGACUCUUCCUUCACGCACACACAAUGCGACUAGUAGCGAUGAAAUUAUGUGUCUCCUCCCGCUGACGUACGAUGCGAAUUCUGUGAGCGCACUGGAGAACGCGUCGACAAUCAAGCGGAAGCCGAUACUGCGAAAGGCCAAAGACGGGUCGCUUCGAACUUCUGCACCGUCUUCCAGCUCUCCAAACUGGGUGGUGCAUGACGUAUACGAUAGCGAGGAGGAUCUCUGGAUGAAACCCUGCAGCGGCGUUUCGACGAAUACGGAAGCCUCGGGCCGUCACCACCGCGAUGAGUUGGAUGACCGCGACGCCAACAUUGAACAAAUCCAUAUUGAGAAGAGGCACAAACGCAAUGGCUUGAAGACCACACAUGAGCAAACCGCGAACUCUGUCGGCAAGUUCAUUGAUCCGCGCUCAAAUGCAGAUGUUAUCAAAGAACCCGCACCAAUCGGCUCAAUCACCCGUCGUCCACUCCCGAUCAUCAGUCAUGUUCUGAACCCUCCACUCCCAACCAACACCGGUAUUCUGGACCUCAGCUUCCAGUUCCCAGCCCGACAUCCGGAGCAACAGCGCGGUGUCAGCAUGCCUCUCUUUCCCCCGCCUUCUGCUGCGCUUGCUCAAGAAAAGAAACAUGCGCGACGCAAAUCUUUUGGGAAGUUGCUUGGUGCUUUCGGCAAGAAGGAGCAAGAGCCUACGGCGGCAGAGGCGAAAGAGAAGCCAAAGAAGUCGCUCGGUCGGCGCAUUAGUAGGAGAUUCUCGUCGAUGUGGGCGAAGUAA